GUGCCCUCAGUGUAGACAGCCUCUGGGCAAGAACGAAUCUUAUGUGACUGAAAACAGAAGCUCACUGGCCUCAAAGUUCACUUUCCACUGUCAGUGUCAGCAUGAAGUAUCAUUUAUGUCCUCUGCAAAAUGUGGGAAGACUUAUGAAGUCAAUGGAAGGUAUCCAGUUGCUCUCUUUGCCAUAGGAAGGAAUUAUAAACAUGGCAAGAAAUUUCUUGGAAAUAUGAACAUGCCUUCAAAUAUGCAUAAAAGCAGUUGGUCUCUUCAUAAGAAGAAGAUUCUUCAUGCUACACAGGCCAUUGCCCUAGAAAGUAUGCAGAGAGCUGCAGAUGAGAUCAAGGAAAAGAAAGGAGAAAAUAUAACAGUCUCUUGUGAUGGCACUUGGCAGAGAAGGGGGUUCCAGAGCAAAAAUGGCGUGGUCACAGUUCUCACAGUGGAUGGCCAUAACUCGAAGGUUCUCGACACCUCAGUUUUGUCAAACUAUUGCAACGCUUGUGCAAAAAACCAGAGGAAUAAAACUGAGACCGAGUUUCAGGCAUGGAAGUGUUCACAUGUACAAGACUGCGACAAGAAUCACAGUGGGUCGGCAGGCAGCAUGGAGCCAGCUGGAGCACUAGAAAUAUUCCGCCGAAGUGAGCAAUUACAUGGACUGCACUAUGUUUCUUUUCUUGGAGAUGGUGACAGUAAAUCUUAUGCAUCAGUAUCAAAUGCAGAACCACCUGUGUAUAAUGAUGUGAACAUUUCCAAACUUGAGUGUUGUGGGCACGUGCAGAAGAGAAUGGGGCGACACCUGACCAAUAAGGUAACUGAGCUGAAAAAAGAGACCUUUAUACACAAUGGCAAGAGUGUGCAAGGAAUCGGUGGGCGAGGUUGUCUGACAAAGAAGGCAAUGUUAAACAUUCAAGGACAUUAUGGGGCUGCAAUAAGAAGAAAUACUAAUAAUGUGCCUCAGAUGCAAAAAGAUAUAUGGGCCAUAUGGGAGCACCGCAACCGUGAUCACACUAACUGUGGAGACUGGUGUCCUUCCAAGAAGCAGCCAGCUGGAGACUCUGACAGGAAUGCUCUCCCUCCUUAUGUGUGCAAGGCUAUCAGGCCUGUUUUUGAAACUCUUGCCAGUGAGACAUUACUGUCAAAGUGUGCCCAUGGAGGAACACAAAAUACAAAUGAAAGUUUUCACAAUUUAAUUUGGCAAAGGUGUCCAAAGGCUGGUUUUGUUGGAAGGCAAAGGCUUACUCUUGCAGUUGCUGAUGCUGCAGUGGUUUUCAAUGAUGGAGAGAGGGGUAGGCUGCCUAUAUUUGAGAAGUUGGGGAUGUCUACUGGAUUGUAUACCAGACUGUGUUGUAAUGAACUAGACAGAACAAGAAUUCAUGCAGCAGCUGCCGGACUUCUGCCAGCUGAACGACGAGCACGGAAAGUAGCGGCUUCAAGGGAGUGUGAAGACAUCGAAGAUUUCUAUCUUGCUGGUGCCCAUGAGUAGUCCAGGUUAGUUUUUCUACGUAAAUCAUAUCAUGGGACAUCACCAAAAUUUGUAUAAAUUACCGAUAUGCCAGAAAAGUUUAAAUGACUUUCAUUUUUCAUGUACUUCAACUUUAAAGCCAUUUUUCUCAAAACUGCGUUUUUUCACUCUUACGUCAGCGUUCUGAGGAUAAUUUCAAAACUAAUGGUCCAAAGUCAAUAAAAUUUGGAGGAGAUGCUCUUCUUUAGUUUCUGCAUGGAAUAAACUAAUUUUAAGUGUCCUACACUUGUGGUCAACUUUUAACCUCAGUUCAGAUUUUUAUGCAAAUCUGAACAUCAGUAUUGGAAGAUCUAAUUCAGAUACAGAGUUGAGUAUAGUUUAUUCUAAAGCUGAACUAUAUCUAAAUAACUGCACAAAAUUUUAGCUCUAUACAUAGAAUACUUUUUUGAUGGGACCCAGAACGCCACAACAACC